UCCACGUCAAACUCUGUCUGUGACAACACAGCACCGAGCUGAGAUGGCAGACCUAGUACGUUAUCUGAACCGGUAUAAACAUACACGAUAAAGAUAACUGAUAUAAUAGACCGGAUAAUCUUCUCAUUAAUGUUACGCGGAUGAUCUAUUAUCGAAGUUUGUUUAGAUUCGUAAAUCCACGGGAUCAAUUUGACUGCAAGUGAGUGACACAUUCAGCUAGCAAGUCUACGUUAGCAUACCAGCUAACAAGCUUGACAACCAGUUUCACUACCAAAUUGACAACUUCACAAAGGUGACAAAGCUGCAAGAAUUCAGGAAAAAAAACAACGUUUCUAUGAGUUUUGACAGAGAGCUGAAUUGUAUGAAGGUAGGGUCGAAGUUGAUCGCCACCUUACCAGCUAACUAGCUAGCCUAGCCAGUGUUGGGCCUUUUUGUUAUUGUUGAGCUAGCUUACUAGCUAACGUUAGUUAUUCUCAAAGAUGUCAUCGUGGCUGGGUGGACUGGGCUCCGGCCUGGGCCAGUCUCUCGGCCAGGUCGGGGGAAGCCUCUCCUCAUUCACCGGACAAAUAUCAACCUUCACCAAAGAUAUGCUUCUGGAAGGAGUUGAAGAAGUUCGAGAUGCUUCCACUGAGCUGCUGGUGUCCAGUUCGAAGCAGGAGCAAGUGGAGGCUGAGUUGGAGCGUUUAAAGAGGAUCCAUGGCGAGCUGGAGGAGAAGCUGGAGGCCUCAGAGAUCCAGAAUAAACAGCAGUCAGCUGAGUACAGGACUCUGCUGCAACAGAAAGAUGUGGAGAUCAGUCACCUGAAAGCCCGUCAGAGUGGACUACAGGAAGAGGUUCAGAAACUACAGCACUCUGCUCAAUCAGCUACUUCCGACCCUGCCGUACUGCCCGUCACCACCGCCUCCACCACCACCACCUCUUCCUCUUACAUGACCCGCCCCCUGGGGGCCCCCCACCACCACCAGGGUUUCCAUGGCAGCGACGAGAUGGACUUCGGUGACGUGAUCUGGUCCCAGCAGGAGAUUAAUCGUCUGUCUACGGAGGUGAUGAGGCUGGAGGCUGAGGUCUCCCAUUGGAGACGCGUGUCUCAGGCAUCCGUAGCCCCAGGGGCAGGAAACAGUGACCAGGGAGAGGUCCUGAAGCUUCAGAGGAUCAUCAAGGAGCUGCGUGAGGAGAUGGGUCGUGAGGUAGAUGAGCACCAGCAUGAGUUAGCAGCGCUGCAGGACGCUCAGAGACAGAAGAUGGCCGACGUCAUCCGGCGCCACCGGGACGAGCUGGCAGAGUACGAGGAGAGGAUAGAGGAGCUGGAGGAACAGGGACAGACUGGAGCUUCUAGUUCAGCCACAGCCAACGCUCUUCAGGAGUCCUCCAUGCUCGCAGACCUCCAGAACACUAUCCAGUCCCUCCAGGAGGCAGCGAAGGAGCGGCUGAAGGAGGAGCAGGAUGAGCAGCUGAAGGAGCAGCUGAAGGAGCUGACAGCUAAUCUGGAGGAGGCAGGGAAGAGACAGGCUACGCUGCAGCAGGAGAAAGAGGAGGCGCAGGCAGAGAACGCUGAGCUGCUGCAGAACUACACUCGGCUGCAGACGUCUGUCACAGAGCUCCAGUCACGUGUCCAGGAACAGGAGGGGAAAGCCCGGAACAAGGCUCAGCUAGACCAGGAGAUACAGGGGCUGAGGAAUGCUCUCGCAGGUGCAGAGAAGGAGAUCUCUAAGCUGAAGAGUCUUCAGAGUGAAACAAAGAUGGAGGUGGAACACGCUGACAUUCUAGAACUCAACACUGUCAUCGGGACGUUGAGAAAGGAGAAGCGGAAUCUACAGGAGAGGCUUGCCAGGGCCGAGGAGAGAGUGGAGUCAGACAGCCUCGAUGGAUGUGAGUCCUCCCCAUCUGCCACAGAGCAGCUAUCAGGGCUGAGGGCAGAGCUGGAGAAGAGCGAGCAGUCGUUGAGCGAGAUCCAGGAGGAACGAGAGACCCUCCUCAACGAACUGGAAGAACUGGACCGACAGAACCAGCAGGCUACACAGCAUGUCAUCUCAGUGAAGGAGCAGCUCUCUGUUCAGCUGAAGGAAUCUGAAGCUGUUGUGGCUCGGCUCCAAUCAGAGCUCAGUACCGCCGCCGACCAGAGGGUGGCGCUGCAGCAAGAGCUAAAGGCCCAGCAGGAGAAACUGAGCCACAGUGCCUUCACUCUCAACGACCUACACAUGGGCAAGCAGCAGCUGGAGGACACCGUUAAGGAGCUGAGAAACAAACUUGGACGGGCAACAGAGAUGGGCAAAGAGGCACGCAGGGAGACCCAGGAUUUCCAGAGAACCAUACAGGAGAGGGAAGAGCAGCUGUCGGCUGCCCGGGCAGAGCUGUGUGAGGCUGGGGAGAGAGGGAGAGAAUCCGGGGGGUCCAUAGAGCAGCUGGAGGAGCUCAGGAGAGAACUGGCAGAGAUGAGGAGCUCCCAGGAGAAGAUGAUGUCAGAAGACUAUGAGAUGAAGAUGGAGAAGCAGAGGCUGAAGAUGGAGGCUGAGCAGGCCCAGGGGAGGAUAGAGGAGCUGGCCAGGCAGGUCAGGGAGGUUCAGGCUGCUCUCACCAGGACCGUCCUGGAGAAGGACACUCGUAUCCAGGCUCUGAAGCUGGAGAAGAGCCAGCUGGAAGGGGAACUGGGCCAGACAGAGAAGGGCCUACAGGAGCAGACCAGGCAGUACCAGCAGACCAUCGAGGAGCUGACCGCUGCCCGCUCCAUGGACGCCUCGGCACUACAGACGGAGCAUGAGCGGACCGUGAGGCUGAACCAGGAGAAGGAUCUGGAGAUAUCCCAGCUUAAAAGAGACGUGGAGCAGAUGUCCUCCGACCACAGAGACACCAACGAGAUGCUGUCCAUCACCGUGGCCGGACAGAAACAGCUCUCCGACCUCCUCCAGGAGAAGGACUCCUUCACGGAGAGCCUGAGAGCCAACAUGGCCGCCACCCAGAGGGAGCUGGAGGCCGGGGUCCAGGCAGCCACCCAGGAGGCUGAGACCCUGAGAGGAGCUCUGGAGGAGAAGGACAAGCAGCUGGGAGGCAUGAAGGAAGACAACAGCCACCUGAAGGAGGAGAUCGAUCGCCUCAGGGACCAGCAGAACAGACCCCAGCCCUCCGGCCUGUCCGAGCCACGCACCCUGGACAUCAUCACAGAACUGGAGAAUGAGAUCAGCCAGCUGAAGAGCACCAGAGACGGGCUGGAGGAGGAGGGCCACUCCCUGAAGAGGAGAGUGGAGGAGCAGCGGUGUCACCUCCUCUCCUCCCAGCAGUCUCUCCUGGCGCAGCAGAAUGAGUUGGAGCAGGCCCACCAACGCCACGAGCAGAGCAGAGAGAACUACGAUAGGCUGAUCCACGCCAAGGACGAGGAGAUUGGGCGCCUGCAGCUGGAAGUCGAUCACCUCGGCCACACCCACUCCUCCCAGGAACAGGAAGUGGUCAUCCUCCAACAGGAAGACAAGACCCAGUCGUCCCUGAAUAACGGAGAGAACGACAACGAGAAACAUGACCUGUCAAAGGUGGAGAUAAACCGUCUGGUGCAGGGCAUCAAGGAGAAGGAGACUGAAAUCAGCCAGCUGAAUGAGAACAACCUGAACCUGACCAGACAGCUGGCCCAACUGGUGGUCUCCAGAGAGGAGAUUGGGAAACUCUCCCAGAUGCUCUUGCAGAAGGACCUGGAGAUCCAGGCACUGCAUGCUAGAGUCUCCCUGGGGGGCCACAGCCAGGACGUGAUGUUCCUCCAGCAGCAACUGCAGGCUUACGCCGUGGAGAGAGAGCAGGUGCUGGCGGUGCUGAAUGAGAAGACGAGGGAGAACAGUCAGCUGAGGGGGGACUACCAGCGCAUCAUGGACAUUGUGGCAGGGAAGGAAGCUGUGCUCCUCAAGGUCCAGCAGGAGAACCAGAGGCUGUCCACCAUGUCUGACCCCUCAGGCAGCCAGGAGAUGUUCAGAGAGACCAUCCAGAACCUGUCCCGGAUCAUCAGAGAGAAGGACAUUGAGAUCGACGCGCUGACCCAGAAGUGCCAGACCCUGGUGUCGGUGCUGCAGGCAGGAGACUCUGGAGGCGUCAGCUCCAACCAGUUUGAAGAGCUGCUGCAGGACAGGGACACAUUGAAACAACAGGUGAAGAAGAUGGAGGAGUGGAAGAUGCAGGUGAUCACCACGGUAAAGAACAUGCAGCAUGAAUCUGGACAGCUGGUAGAGGAGCUCCACAAGCUACAGGGACAGGUGGAUGCAGACAACGACUGCACCUCGACUCUCUCCGUGGACUACAGCCGUCUGAUCCACAGCUAUGAGCAGAAGGAGAGGAAGCUCGGCAGUCUCAGUCACGAACUAGCCCACGUCCAACAGACCAUCAGCCAGCUGAGCAGUACUAAAGAUGUCCUCCUGGGGAAACUGGACAGUGUGGCGCAGAGUCCCCAAGUCACCCCACUGUCUGCUGCCCUGACGUCUACUGCCCAGCAUCCUGCUGCAGUGGAACCUCCCAGACACCAGGUGGCAGCACCUGCAACACCAGGGAACCAGGAAGGACUGAGACAGGAGUUGGAGUCUCUGAGAGCCCUCCUGUCUGAGAGGGAGACUAUGAUCAGGACCUUGCAGGAGAAUAACCACCGCCUGUGUAACUCAGCCCAGGUGUCAGACAGCGAGCAGCGAGGCCAGGCCGAGGAGGCCAGACAGGUCAAAGAGAGACUGGACGUUCUGCAGCGCUCUGUCAGGGAGAAAGACCUGCUCAUCAAGACUAAAGGAGAUCAACUCACCCAGGUGAGUGAGAGCCUGAGGAACCGUGAGAGCGACAACGAGGUGUUAAAACAAGCCGUGACCAACCUGAAGGAGCGAGCUCUUAUCCUGGAGAUGGAUACCAGGAAGCUGAAGGAUGAGAACGAGGCUGUGGCCCAGCGGAGCCGGGAGAAGGAGUCAGAGUUCAGAGCCCUGCAGGAGACCAACAUGCAGGUGUCCCUCCUCAUGAGGGAGAAGGAGUUUGAGAGGAGCGCCAUGUCGGAGAAGGCAGCCGCCAUGGAGAAGAUGCUCAAGGACAGAGAACAGGGCAACAGCCAGAAGUCUGGAGAGCUCAACCAGCUCCUGAACGAGCUGAGGUCCAUGCAGGAGAAAGCUGUAGCCUUCCAGCAGGAGAGAGACCAGGUCAUGCUGGCUCUCAAACAGAAACAGAUGGAGACCACAGCCGUACAGACAGAGCUGCAGCAUGUGAAGGACAGAGAGCAGCGGUUGAAGUUGGAGCUGGACCGACUACGUAACCACCUGCUGGAGAUAGAGGAGUCCUACACACGGGAGGUCCUCGCCGCGGAGGACAGGGAGGCGGAGCUACGCAAGAGAGUCACGCUAUUGGACGACAGACUGGCCACUUCCUCCAGUCAGGUGGAGAGCACCAGCCACCAGGCGUCUCUCCAGGUGGAGUCUCUCCAGGAGCAGCUGAGUGGGACGGUGAGGCAGAGAGACGAGGCCUCGACUCAGCUCAGAGCAGCACGGGACCAGGUCAACCAGUACGCCGUGUCCCUGUCCAACCUCCAGAUGGUGCUCGAGCAGUUCCAGCAAGAAGAGAAAGCCAUGUAUUCGUCAGAGCUUGAUAAAUACAAGAGGGAGAAGGAUGAGUGGAGAAGAAAAGCACUUAAACUGGAGGACAAAGCCUCAGCACUUCAGAUCAACCUAGAUGAGGCUAAUGCUGCUCUGGACUCAGCCUCCAGACUCACUGACCAGCUGGACCUAAAGGAAGAACAGCUAGAAGAGCUCAAAAAACAAGUUGAUGUGAGGCAGGAGAUGUUGGAAGAGUCUCAGGACAAGUUGAUGAACCUGCUGAAUAGCACAGAGGGACAAGUAGACCAGGCUCUGAUGCGGAACCUGUUCAUGGGAUACUUCCACACCCCGAAACCCAAACGCUCCGAGGUGCUGAGGCUCAUGGGUAGUGUCCUGGGACUGGACAAGGAUGAGGUCAACCAGCUGCUGGAGGAGGAGGGAGGCCAUGGUGUCGGCGGCUGGGUGUCCGGCUGGUUGGGAGGCAGAGCUGUACAGAGUGUCCCCAACACACCACAGAGACCUGGAGCAGGACAGGGGGGCUUCAACAACUCGUUCUCUGAGAUGUUUGUAAAGUUCCUGGAGGUGGAGUCUAGGCCCGCGCUCCCUGCCCCCAGACUUCCUGUUUAUGACAUCAAACCUCUCAGUGCCCCGCCUCCUGGGAGGACCACCAGCUCAGCCUGGGCUCAACAACCAGAAGGAGGGGCGGCAGCCGGCAGGGGACAGAGAGCAGCCGGGGAGUCCAACCCUUUCCUGGCUCCCCGCUCUGCGGCCGUACCGCUGAUGCAUCAUGGGAGCGGUAGUUCCAGUGCUUCGGGAGGACACCACCACCUCCUAAUGAAACCCAUCUCAGACAACCUGCCUACCUUCACCCCCGUGCCCGUCUCCGCUGAGAGCGGCGGGCAGGUGCUCAAAGACUUACUCAAGCAGUGAUUGGAGCCACGGCCUGUCACUCAAAGCUCCUCAUCCAAUCAGGAGGAGCAUAUACACAGACUGAGAUGGAGGAGGACCGUUAUUACUGUGUAGUGCUUUCUUCCAACAGUCUCUCAGUGAUGGUUCUACUAGCUUCUACACAGGAUGAAGGUUCUACGAAAUUCUGCACAGGACGAGGGUUCUACUAGCUUCUACACAGGAUGAGGGUUCUACUAGCUUCUGCACAGGAUGAGGGUUCUACUAGCUUCUGCACAGGAUGAGGGUUCUACUAACUUCUACACAGGAUGAAGGUUCUACGAACUUCUACACAGGAUGAGGGUUCUACUAGCUUCUACACAGGAUGAGGGUUCUACUAGCUUCUACACAGGAUGAGGGUUCUACUAGCUUCUACACAGGAUGAGGGUUCUACUAGCUUCUACACAGGAUGAGGGUUCUACGAACUUCUGCACAGGAUGAGGGUUCUACGAACUUCUACACAGGAUGAGGGUUCUACUAACUUCUACACAGGAUGAGGGUUCUACGAACUUCUACACAGGAUGAGGGUUCUACUAGCUUCUGCACAGGAUGAUGGUUCUACUAACUUCUACACAGGAUGAGGGUUCUACGAACUUCUACACAGGAUGAGGGUUCUACUAGCUUCUACACAGGAUGAGGGUUCUACUAGCUUCUACACAGGAUGAGGGUUCUACUAGCUUCUACACAGGAUGAGGGUUCUACUAGCUUCUACACAGGAUGAAGGUUCUACUAGCUUCUACACAGGAUGAGGGUUCUACUAGCUUCUACACAGGAUGAGGGUUCUACGAACUUCUACACAGGAUGAGGGUUCUACUAGCUUCUACACAGGAUGAGGGUUCUACUAACUUCUACACAGGAUGAGGGUUCUUCUAACCUCGAAAAAGCAGGACAUGUCAGGCAGACCCUCUCUGAUUUAACUGUCAGUUUGUUGUCGGGUUGAUAUUUCGUUGACCCUAUUAAAGUUAAAGGGGAAAUCUGCAUUGGUACAUACGUUUUUGGUUGUUUGAGCUACAGGAAGAAAUCUCCUUUAAGGAGAUGAGGUAGAAUCAGGACUUGCUGUUCAAUGCCUGCAGUGUCCCUCCCACUCACUCGGUCUUUGUCACUUUUUCUGGUCACGGUAUAUUGCUUGAGAACGAGGAGACGGUUUAUGCAUUGAACAAAGAGGGAACUGUGUGUGUGAAUGACUCCUGGGUAGAGCUGUGUCAUGUGACGCGUAUGUGAUUGAAGGAGAACAUGUCUUCUCAAUAUGACUGCUUGGACAAUUGGGGGAUGUAGGACCUUCUAAAUGUUAUGUUUUGUAUUCUUUCAUUUUAGCCAUAGGCCUUCAGGAUAAUCUGUCUGAUCUGGCAAAAUGGCACCCUAAUCCCUAUGAUCCCUACCUACCUUGGUCAAAUAUAGUACACUGUUGGGAAUAGGGUGCUAUUUGGACAUUUGGCUAUUAUUUAACACUGCUGUAUGUAUUAAACAUACAGUUAUAUAUAUAUAUAUACACACACACACACACAGUAUCAGUCAAAAGUUUGGACACACCUACUCAUUCAAGGGGUUUUCUUUAUUUUUACUAUUUUCUACAUUGUAGAAUAUUAGUGAAGACAUCAAAACUAUGAAAUAACACACGUGGGAUUAUAUAGGAAUCAGAAAAGUGUUAAACAAAUCAAAAUAUAUUUUAGAUUCUUCAAAGUAGCCACCUUUUGCCUUGAUGACAGCUUUGCACACUCUUGGCAUCUCUCAACUAGCUUCACCUGGAUUGCUUUUCCAACAAUCUUGAUUGACUUCCCACAUAUUCUGAGCACUUGUUGGCUGCUUUCCUUCACUCUACAGUCCAACUCAUUCCAAACCAUCUCAAUUGGGUUGAGGUCGGGGGAUUGUGGAGGCCAGGUCAUCUGAUGCAACAAUCCAUCACGCUCCUUCUUGGUCACACAGCCUUGAGGUGUGUUGGUUCAUUGUCCUUUUGAAAAACAAAUGAUACACCCACUAAGUGCAAACCAGAUGGGAUGGCGUAUCGCUGCAGAAUGCUGUGCUAGCUGGUUAAGUGUGCCUUGAAUUCUAAAUAAAUCAGACCGUAAAGCACCAUCACACCUCCUCCUCCAUGCUUCACAGUGGGAACCACACUUGCGGAGAUCAUCUGUUCACCUUCUCUGCGUCUCACAAAGAAAGACACGGCUGUUGGAACCAAAAAUCUCAAAUUUGGACUCAUCAGGGCAACGGACAGAUUUCUCUAAUGUCCGUUGCUCGUGUUUCUUGGCCCUAACAAGUCUUCUUAUUUGUCCUUUAGUAGUGGUUUCUUUGCAAAUAAAUGCCUGAUUCACCCAGUCUCCUCUGAACAGUUGAUAUGUCUUACGUGAACUCUGUGAAGCAUUUAUUUAGGCUGCAAUUUCUGAGGCUGGUAACUAAUGAUCUUAUCCUCUGCAGCAGAGGUAACUCUGGGUCUUCCUUUCCUGUGGCGGUCCUCAUGAGAGCCAGUUCCAUCAUAGCGUUUGAUCAUUUUUGCCACUGCACUUGAAAAACAAAUUUAGUUCUUGAAAUGAAAUGUUCCGUAUUGAUGGACCUUCAUGUCUUAAAGUAAUGAUGGACGGUCGUUUCUCUUUGCUUAUUUGAGCUGUUCUUGACAUAAUAUGGACUUGGUCUUUUACCAAAUAGGGCUAUCUUCUGUAUACCACCCCUACCUUGUCACAACACAACUGAUUGACUGAAACACAUUAAGAAGGAAAGAAAUUCCACAAAUUCACUUUUAAAAAGUCACAUCUGUUAAUUGAAAUGCAUUCCAGGUGACUACCUCAUGAAGCUGGUUGAGAGAAUGCCAAGAGUGUGCAAAGUUGUCAUCAAGGCAAAAAGGGUGGCUGCUUUGAAGAAUCUCAAAUAUAAAAUAUAUUUAAAUUUUUUGGCAACGACAUGAUUCAUUAUUUGUUAUUUUAUAGUUGUUGAUGUCUUCACUAUUAUUCUACAAUGUAGAAAAUAGUUUUAAAAAAUAAAGAAAAACCCUUGAAUGAGUCGGUGUGUUCAGACUUUAGACUGGUAGUGUGUGUGUAAAUGGGUAAUAUUUUAACAAUAAUUAAGGCAGUUCUGGAAGUACUGUCCAAAGUGUCUACCAAUUUUGCUAUUAUGAUAUAAAGGUAUAUGAUUUGGUUUGUAAAUUAAAUAAAUAAAUUAAAUACAAAUAUAUAUUUACAAA